CACUGCCCAACACAACAGGGGUGCAGCGAUCGCCGUUCUGCUGUUCGUCGGUGGGAGGUCGUCAUUCUGCCAGGCCUUCAACUCCAGUCUUCCACUUCUAGUGGCUACUCGUCAGCGUUACACAAGUGUCAAGAAGAUCCAAAGGCACCUAAACCAAACCUAAGGAUGUCAAAGGCUCUAAGCACUAGUGCCAAGAGGAUCCAGAAGGAGCUUGCGGAAAUAACAUUGGACCCACCGCCUAAUUGCAGUGCGGGACCAAAGGGAGAUAACCUCUAUGAAUGGGUAUCAACUAUUCUUGGCCCCCCAGGAUCAGUGUAUGAAGGUGGAAUUUUCUUCUUGGACAUACACUUCAGCCCAGAGUAUCCUUUCAAACCACCCAAGGUUACUUUUCGCACCCGCAUCUAUCACUGCAACAUCAAUAGCCAAGGAGUUAUAUGUCUAGAUAUCCUCAAGGAUAACUGGAGCCCAGCGCUUACAAUUUCCAAAGUUUUACUCUCAAUAUGCUCUCUACUCACGGACUGCAACCCAGCGGACCCUCUGGUGGGCAGCAUCGCCACACAGUUCAUGCAGCAGAGGGAAGAGCAUGACCGCAUUGCCCGAUUGUGGACGAAGCGCUAUGCCACAUAAGCUUAGAUAGCCAAGUAGUGGUUGCUACGACAAUAAUUAUUGCACUGUGCACGCUCCUCCUCCUUUCCAGUUUCCACCACCAAAGCUUUUUUUUUUUUUCGCCCCCUCAUUCCUCAGCGGGAAUCCACAUCAGGCUUGUUGUGAUGCCAGUGGUGUGUGCAUGAGUCAGCCUCUGCUAUGUCUUUGUCACUUUCCUUUUCUUAUAUAUAUAUAUAUAUAUUACAUACAUAAUGCCUGGUGCAUCAUGCAUCUAUUCUAGGGCGAAAAUGAAAGUGAGAUUCCUUUUGCACAAACAUGUCUGUUUUAGCAUGUGUAUAUAGAGUUUAUUUUUUAAUGUUAUACCCAUUUUUUAACUUAAAUCAUAUGUUUUGUUUUUUAGCAUAAUCAUGAUUUGUAUAUUGCAAUAUUGUGAGAAAAUAGUGGCUGCUUUGACUAUUGAAGCAAUUGCCAAAAAAUGAAGAAAUCUGGCUGGACAGAGCUUCCUUUACCUAUGCUUGCCCCGCCUUCAACAUCCCAUGUCCCUUUUUAUAUCUACUUAUGUUAGAGGUCAUUGCAAUGGCACCUCCCUUUUACUGGCUUACCAAAAUGGUAUCUGCCAAGUAGAGAUUGUGUCCCCAAGAAUACAAGUACAGAAAACUGGCCAUUCGGCAUAAGUUAUGUGCAGUUCUUGUGUCCAUUUAUUGAAUUGUGUGCUUGUAACCAAGAACAUCAGGAACCUUACACUGUGGCCAGUGUGCGUGCUGUUUGCACAGAUUGAAUUGUGUGUGGCACUUCCAUUCUACCCCUGUAUGCAUGCGAAUGGUGUCUCGACACGAGAGAGUGUUUUUACUGCUGACGAUUAAUGCUGAACUGUAAGCACUGAAGAUUGAAAUGGCACGAGCAGUAAACAAGUUUUUUGUGGAAUAAAACGAAGUGCAACAGUGUCUUCUGUUGCUUCGAUAUGUGUCUGUGGUCAGUGUUGAGCUGCUUUCUUUUCUGGUGGCUGUUGUCUGGGCAGGAGGGGCCUAGUAGAGAUUGUGUCCCCAAGAAUACAAGUACCGAAAACUGGCCAUUCGGCAUAAGUUAUGUGCAGUUCUUAUGUCCAUUUAUUGAAUUGUGUGCUUGUAACCAAGAACAUCAGGAACCUUACACUGUGGCCAGUGUGCGUGCUGUUUGCACAGAUUGAAUUGUGUGUGGCAUUUCCAUUCUACCCCUGUAUGCAUGCGAAUGGUGUCUCUACACGAGAGAGUGUUUUUACUGCUGACGAUUAAUGCUGAACUGUAAGCACUGAUGAUUGAAAUGGCACGAGCAGUAAACAAGUUUUUUGUGGAAUAAAACGAAGUGCAACAGUCUCUUCUGUUGCUUCGAUAUGUGUCUGUGGUCAGUGUUAAGCUGCUUUCUUUUCUGGUGGCUGUUGUCUGGGCAGGAGGGGGAGGGGGGGGGUUACCGUUCACAAGCUUUUAUAUAGCGAACAUUGAAUGGUAGCUCACAUCAAGUGAGCUUUGUGUGGCAGCAAAAAUGAAAAAAAGCAUUUUAGGCCAUUUUCAUUUUUUUUUUCUCCAUGUAAUUCUGUAUCUAUAGAUGUGUCAGUUCUGUUUGCUUGUUACAUAGUGAUUGUGGUGUUGUGUAAUUUAAAUCUUCUAUACAAAGUACAUAAACAAUAAAAAAGCAAAAAUUGAA